AGUCGGCAUACACUUGUCAGUCUAUGUGAACUCCCUGCAUCUGCAAAGGGAGUGGAUUUGCCAUCCCUUCCCCCAUCACCACCACCAUCACCGCCGGACCAGUGAACACCAGGCUCGGUACAUCAUUUCACCGUGAUGGCAAAUGAAUUCCCAGAAAGCAGAGAAGGAACUGCCAACUCACGCCAUGCCAACCUCACGUCGUCUCUAGACUUGAGCACGUCUCUAGAUCACAGUGUGCAGACGCGGAUCUUUAAAAUCAUUGUCAUCGGGGACUCAAAUGUGGGCAAGACCUGUUUAACCUUCCGCUUCACCGGCGGAGCCUUUCCCUGUAAGACCGAAGCCACCAUCGGCGUGGAUUUCAGGGAGAAAGCCGUGGAGAUCGAGGGCGAGAAAAUAAAGGUGCAAGUAUGGGACACAGCGGGCCAGGAGCGCUUUCGGAAGAGCAUGGUGGAGCACUACUACCGCAAUGUGCAUGCUGUCGUAUUUGUAUACGACGUCACAAAAAUGGCCUCAUUCCAGAACCUAAAGACCUGGAUUCAGGAGUGUAACGGGCACGGGGUGUCAUCCUCGGUGCCUCGUGUUCUGGUGGGCAACAAAUGCGACCUAGUUGACCAGAUCCAGGUCCCUUCCAACACUGCCCUCAAGUUUGCAGAUGCCCAUAACAUGCUACUGUUUGAAACAUCAGCCAAAGACCCCAAGGAGAGCCAGAACGUGGACUCCAUUUUCAUGUGCCUGGCGUGUCGUCUAAAAGCCCAAAAGUACCUGAUCUACAGAGACGUGGAGAGAGAAGACGGCAGAGUGAGGCUGAAACAUCAGCCCGACCCUAAGAGUAACUGUCCUUGUUGAGGACCCUAAACUGUGAAAUUAUUAACAUUGAUAAUUCACAAUGCAAAAAUGUGCCUGCAACUAAUUUUAGUUACUUUAUGACAGCUGCUCCAUGAACUCUCUUUGUGUGUGUGUGUGUGUGUGUGUGUGGUUAUCUUUCAUGUUCUUUUCUUCAUUACACCAUCACUAAAAAGGCAAAUCCCACAAAACCUGUCAAGAACAUGUUGAAGUUGUGUCAUUUCAAAAUCACAGAAAGAAAUGAUAAAUUACAUUUUGCUAAAAAAAAACACUUAUGCCUUUUAAGACUUAUGCCUUUGUUUUUGCAUUGUGACAUUAUUUUUAUGACAAUUAAGCACACUUUCCCUAUUACCAUAAUGCAAAAAUAUUAAUAUAUUAUGUACUUCCUUCAAUUUAUGCUGAUUUAAAAAAAAAAAAAAAAAAUGUAUUUCAGUGAUGAGACUCUAAUGACAAUCAUCAGUUUUAAAAACAUACAAAAUCAUCCAUUAAAAGUAAAACAUUCAAAACAUUAUUUUGAGAUUUCUGGUGAGGAAAUGUGUUGAAUUUCCAUUAAAAAAAUUAUAAUAAUGUCAAAGUGCAAAAAAUGCUGUUAGCCCUAUAAUAUGUUCCAUUUUAUUAAUAAAAAAAUAAUGCAACCUGGACAUGACUUUACACAAGAUUUCACCCAUGUUUAACAGAUAUAUCUUCAAUCCCUCAUGCUUAAUUCGGGGCACACUUUACCACUUAAGCAAUCUUUAAAGGUCUGAAGAAACGUGGCAUUUGUUGGUUUACAGUCAUUUGUUUCAGUCACACAUUUGUUUGGAUUCAUCCAUCAGCAUACAACCAGAUAAGAUAUUACUUAGUGGAAUAUGGUAUAACAUCUCCAGCAUAAUUGGCUGAUGGUCUUAAUGUUUUAGCUGUCAGGAACUGCACAUACUGUAGAAUCUGAAGAGUCACAAUGAUCAUUCAUUCAUUCAUUUGCCACCAUUGCAAGUUAUUUCUCAUUGCCUUGUGGUUACUCACUGCUAAAAUAUUUCUAAUAUUUAUCCCUCACUAACUGCAUGGAUACAUUUGAAACCUGUUCAAAUUAUGAAACUAGAUUAUGAUGAUUAGCAUUAAAUAGUGACCUAAAUGUUGAUGUAAUCUGAUAACACUCAUAAUUGACCACAUGCUCAUUUCCAUGCACCUUGGGAAAGAGUGAAACCGUGUGGGAAGUUUUAUGUAGCAUCACAGUAUUUCACCAGCUUAAGGUGGUUCUGCCAAAUGCAUAAACACUAAUGUGCAAAAGCAAGGUUCAAACAGGCCAGUGAUUGUUACAUUUCUAUUCAAAAGACCCAGAAAAGAAUGAUUUUAACUUGACAAAGAAUAGCAGUAUGAGCGUUUCUGUGGAAGGGGUUGCUGAUAAUGUGGAAAUGUUGAUUAUGGAAUGUGCGAGUGCAAUUUGGUGCACCUGUAAUUGUUUUUGUUUUGAUUUUUUUUUUUUUUUUUUUUUUGUAACCUCUAUCCUCUGCUUAUUCAGUCCUUUUGGUUCUACAGAGGAAGUUGCAGUUUUCUGUGUGGUUUCAAAUGCUUUCAGAUCCGUAAGAGAAUUCUCUGGUUUCAACUGUGUUAGGCUUAUAUCUGCUGAAGAGCUUGAAGCCUUAUUAUUUGUCUUGUUUUGUGCUCUUGUGUGACAUGUUACAGUAUGUAUGUUUGAUUUUGAGCACCAAAUUAAAUCUCUGAUAUCCUGAA